AUGGCCGCGACUCCAUACGUCUGGACCACCAGAUGCAUACCCGCCUUCAGCAUCUGCCUCGUCGCCGUCCUACUCGUCUUCUCCUUCCUCAUCAACCCGUACGGCAAAGGCGAGGCAGGCAACCACCAUGGCGAAGCCACCAUCGCGCAGACCAUCCUCAGUGUUUACACCGUCCUCCUCCAUCUCCUCUCCAUCGUUUUCCCCGCCAGAGUGUGCCUGUCAAUGGCACACGUCCUCAAGAAGACGAGGGAGACACUUCAGGACCUGCCUAGUGGUCGGCGGCCGCGUGUCCAGAGCGUUCAAAAUGAGGAGAAGGCCGUGCAAGUUCCGGUGCCUCUGUUCGCAAUCAUCCUGCCAGCAUACAAGGAAGAGAUGGCAACGUUGGAAGAGACAUUACGGGUUCUGGCAUCACACACACAAGCUCGUCAAAGCUACCACGUGCGUCAAUCUGCCACUGAGAAAGCCAAUUCGGCUGGUUGUAAUGGUCUUGCCGCCUUGCAGUGCGUGCUAACGUACGUACCUAGGUCUACCUGGCCAUGGAGGAGAAGGAGGAGAAAGCAGCCUCCAAAGCUGCAGCCAUUUGCGGCACCUUCGAGAAGUCCUUCUACCGCAUGAGCUACACUGUACAUCCUUCCAACAUCCCGGGCGAGGCUCAAGGAAAGAGCAGCAAUGAGGCUUGGGCCGCGAGAGAGAUCAUGGAAGACUACCCGGAUGAGCUGACCAGGCAGAACACAAUCAUCACCACCAUGGACGGUACGUCUGCCACGAUGUCUUCUCUUGUUCGUUGGCUUACAUGUCUCUCCAGCCGAUACACAUUUGUCCUCUCGCUAUUUCUCUCAAAUCGCGCGCUUGCACACGGAACACGCCGAGACUAACGAGACGACAAUCUACGUGCCACCACUCGUCUUCGACAGGAAUUUACACCACGUGCCUCUUUUCGUCCGGACUGCUGAUCUCAUGUGGGCGGGAGCUGGAAUUUCCAGUCUGUAUGAAAGCUCCACUGUGUGCAUCCCGACAUCCGUCUACUCACUUCCUAUGACCUUGGUCGAGCACGUUGGUGGCUGGGACACCGGCCCUGGGGCGAUUGGCGAGGAUAUGCACAUGUACCUCAAGUGCUUCUUCGCUCUGUCUGGAAAUCUGACUGUCCAAAUGGUGUUUGCUGCUGCCAGCCAGUGCAACGUCAGCAGUGGCAGAUUGGGCCUCCUUGGCUGGUUUGAAGGGCUUCAAGCGCGGUACAAGCAGGCACUGAGACACAUGUGGGGUGCUCAGGACACUGGAUUCUCGAUUCGAGAAGCCGUCAAGAUGGUGAAGAGACAUCGCGUGGCUAGCAAAGGGCAGAAAGAUGUGCCUUUGAGCGCUUCCAAGUGAGUGUCGCAGACUUAUUUAAUGUUGUGAUUCAAUGCUGACUUGACGCAGUUCGAACUGGACCGCUUUCUACACCAGCACCGGACUACACAAAUCUCUCAUCCCCAAACUCGCAGAGAACGAGCACGCGCCACCGAAGCCGAUCCACAAGAUGAACGUGUUCACCCUCUUUCAACGAUUGUUCGAAGCACACUUUCUGCCAGUCCAUCUCGCAGUCAUCCUCACGACAUCCAGCAUCUACACGCUGUUCUACCCAAGCUUCCUGGUACCAUCCUUCCUCAAACUCGCUCUCGACAUCUCCGGCUUCUGCCGACUCAUCGGUUUCUGCACCAUGCUGUGCUUCUUCUACCUCUACGAGCGCUACCAUCGACUAUGCGUGGGCCUUCGGGAAGAGGAGAUGCGUAGAGCGGGCAUGCUAGAGGACAUGGAAGAGCACGAUGGCUUCACGCCAUACGUGUUCCAGUUUGCGGGACUUUUCGAGGCUGCAACCUUCCCGAUAGGAGGUUUCAUCUUCGGCGCGAUACCCGCUCUGCAGGCGGUGUUGAGCCAUUUGUUCACUGACCGUCUGACGUACGUUGUCAGCUUGAAGCCGCAGCUAGUUCUGAGGCCGUGGAGGGACGUGAGCCGGAUGACACCGUGA